AUGAUUGUGUUAUACUCCGUGGCUAGCCUUCUGGCAAGCACCGUUAGUGCCGGCAACGCCGCCGAUCUAGUAGGCACCUGGACCACAAAGUCCCGCGCCGUUGUUACUGGCCCAGGAUUCUAUGACGCAGUCAACGACAAGUUCAUCGAGCCAGACCUUACGGGUAUCUCGUUUUCGUUCACAGCUGACGGGCACUUUGAGGAAGCGUUCUACCGGGCUGUUGCCAACCCUCAGAACCCCGCAUGUCCACAGGGCAUCAUGCAGUGGCAGCAUGGGACCUACACCAUAGGUCGUGAUGGCUCUCUGCAUUUGACACCAAUCGCCGUAGACGGCAGACAGCUACUAUCAGACCCGUGCUCGUCUUCGAUGGGAACAUACACGAGGUACAACCAGACUGAAAAGUACAAUUCUUUCACCGUCGCGGUGGACCCAUACUAUGAGAGCAUGCGCCUGGAUCUCUACUCGUUUGAUGGAUCGCCAAUGCACCCGAUGUACCUUGCCUACAGGCCACCGGAGAUGUUGCCGACCACGACUUUGAACCCCAUCUCAUCCAAAAGAUCAAAACGGGACAAUAGCCGAAAGACAACCCCGACUUUCGACCUGGGGAAGAUCGUCAGUAGAGACAACCUCAUUGAUCCGAAUCGCCUGAUGUGGGUUGGCAUCAUUAUGAGUGCGAUGGGUGGAAUUGCUAUGUUCAUGCCAUAG